AACACCAAAAAUAGUUUAUAAAUCAGAAAUUAAAAUUUAGAAGAAAAAAUACCGACGCAUCAAUCUCUCCUUUUCACUUUCUCCCCUCGUUCGCUCAAUAAAGGUUAAUAGCUUUCCGGAAUGGUAUUCAAUAAGGUUUAUCAAUGUUUGCUGGAUAUAUUUCCGCAGGUUGAUUCUCGUAUUCUAAAAGCUGUUGCUAUUGAGAACUCUAACGAUGUUGAUGCAGCGGCUGAGAUUAUUCUGUCUGAGAUUAUACCUGACCUUUCUAAAAUAACUGCGGUUGCCAUUUCUUCCUCACAGAACCAGAGUCCACACGUGCAACCAAAUGAAGAUGCAGCUGCAGAUGAGAAAGAAAGCAAUCAGUUGAAGAGGCGAAAGGUAUUGGUUGGAAAAAGAUCAUGCUCUUCUACAGAACCAUUGCUGGAAACAAGUGAAGUUGUCAGAGAAACUUGUCUUACCAAUGUUGCCAGUAAUGCGGGUCCUCUUGAAGCACCAAAAGUCUCAGCUGGUUCAAAAUUCCAUGAGAACAAUAAUAAUGAGGCUGCUGAUGUUGAAACCGAGGAAUUGAUUUUGUUGGGGAAUACUGAAAUCCGGAAAGAUAAAUCUAGUUUAUGCUUGAAUGCAUCAAAGGUUGAUAAUUCUCUACUAUAUACAAAUCUUGAAACCGAGGAGUCGGGUUCUUCAAGUCGAGGCCCAACCACAGACAUUGAAGAUGUGUUUUCCUGGACUCCCCAGGUUUCACAAUUCAACUCGGCUGAUGAUUCAACUUUGCUUUUGGAGAUAGCUUGUAGUAGCGGCAGCUCCAAUGAUAAGUUAAAUUUUGAUGAACCCGUGAAUUUGAAUGGAGAUUUGUGCAGAACCAGCUCAUUAAAUGGAUCCAUGGUAGGUGAAGAAAAUUCUGCUGGUCUGGUGGUUCCAUCAUAUUCUCCAGAACAAUUUACAGAAGGCAUGAGGACUGAUCAGCAUUUUGAAAGUGGUUCUGUGAUUCACUCUAUUCAUUCUGAGAAACAAGAAAAAAGUUCUGUAGACUUUAAAUCCCAGCAGGACUGCUUUGGUGACAUGAGUGAUAUUGAGGAUGAUAGAUUCAAUCAUGUUGUCAUUAGAUCUAAUCAAACAUGCAGAAUCAAUAUACUUGAAGAGAUCAUUGAAGAUGCUAAAAGUAACAAGAAAAUUUUGUUUCAGACCAUGGAGUCCAUUAUGAACCUGAUGAAAGAAGUUGAACUCGAAGAGGCAGCUGCAGAACAAGCAAAAGAGGAAGCUGCAAGGGGGGACAUGGAAAUUCUCCUCAAGAUGGAGGAACUUAAACAGAUGCUGCCACAUGCAAAGGAAGCAAAUGACAUGCAUGCUGGAGAAGUAUAUGGGGAGAAGGCAAUCCUUGUCACUGAAGUAAAGGAGCUUGAAAAUCGCUUACUCAGCUUAUCAGAUGAAAGAGAUAAAUCUCUUUCCAUUCUUGAUGAGAUGCGUCGAACCCUUGAAGCUCGGCAACUUGCUGUGCAGGAGUUGAUGAGAGCAGCAGAGCAGGAAAAGCUGGAAAAAGAAGAAUCUGCUCGUAAUGCUCUUGCUGAACAAGAAGCCAUUAUGGCGGGGGUGGUUGAAGAGUCCAAGAUUCUAAGGCAGGAGGCGGAAGGAAAUUCCAAGUUACGUGAGUUUCUUAUGGACUGCGGUCGAAUUGUGGACACAUUGCAGGGAGAAAUUUCUGUUAGUUGUGAGGAUAUACGAGUGCUUAAACAGAGGUUUGAUGAACGCAUUCCAUUAAGUAAAUCAAUAUCCUCAAGCCAAAGCAGCUGCAUCCUGGCCUCCUCCGGGUCAUCUCUGAAAAGUGCGGCAUCAGAUCUUGGUUCCGGACAGUGGGAAACAGCUAAAACCCCAAAGAAAAGAAGCCUGACACCAUCUGUUGAUGGACAAUCACCCAAAAGCAGAUCAUCGGAUGAAAGAAACAAAGCUGAUGGCAAAGAACUGUCAGAUGAUGGAUGGGAAAUUUUUGACAGAGAAGCUGAAUUCUGAGCUGUACAGUGAAGCCAUAUUAACCAACGAUGCAUUGUAAGAAUCCCCCCUGGUUAUAAAUAUCAUUUUGAAGACUGCAUUUUUAUUCUAAUAACAAUGUGUGACCGAGUACCUUGAUCC